AUGAAUAGCCUGAAAAGUAUUUUUCGACCCAUCAAGCCCACCAAUAUCAAUAUUUCAUUUAAACCAGAUGAACUCAUAUCCAAUAGUCAAAAAGUUGAAUAUUAAUUAUUAUUUUUAUAAAAUAUAUUCCUGUACAACAUUAAUAUAAACUAUUAAUUUCAGUUGAUGCUAGAACUUGGUCUUAUCAGACAAAGUGCCAAUGGACUAUACCAUAUAUUACCAUUUGCACAACGGUCUAUAGAUAAAUUGAUUUCAAUUAUAAAUAAAAAUAUGAUGGAAAUUGGAGCACAAAAGAUUACUAUGCCGAUAUUGAUACAGAGUAAAUUGUGGAAAACAACAAGUAAAUAUUAUAUUAGUAUAAUUAUUUAAAAACUGCAAAGAUACCUCCUCCAAUGUUAGUUUAGGAGGUGUUAAACUAUACUUAUACCAAUUAAUACAAAUAAAGCAAAUUAAACAAUAACAAUUUCAAUUUAAAAAUACUGGGUAUUAUUAAUAAACUCACUAAACAAAAUAUAUUUUAAUCUGUGUUUUAUUAAUGUAAAGAAAUUACUGAGUUUGAGCAUGUAUAUUUACGUUUUAUUUAAUAAAAAACUAAGAUUUGGCUUAGAAAUAAGUAUUAUUUUCCAUAAUCUAUAUAUAGGUAUAUAUACAUUUUAUAUAUACAAUUUCCAUGUCGCGUGUAUAUGGUCACACUUCUCCGAAACGGCUUGACCGAUUUUCAUGAAAUUUUUUGUGUAUGUUUCGUUAGUCUGAGAAUAGGCCGUAAAAUAUUUUUCACCCUUCUACCACAAUCCAUUAAUUUUCAAUAUUUAUUUCAAUAAUAAUUUUAAUAUUUUUGCUUAUAUAUGUACAUGUACACAAACAACACCAAAUAAUUUAGCUUAUAAUUUAAUAAAUACAAUUUUUUUGUUGAUUUGUGUUACCCCGGUUAAGCGUAGCAAGGGAGCUAUUGGUUUUACUAAGAUGUUUAUUUUUUUUUAUUAUUUCUUCUAGUUUAUGGACAUGUUCUUUCCUAGUAAAGUUAAUCCAAUUUUUACGUGUAGCAACUUUUCUAAAAAUUCUAGUUGUCAAGAUGGUAUUUUAAAGUGAUCAUUUUUUGAUUUUCGACGCCUUUUUUUAAAUAAAAGCACAAAUGGGAAAAAAUGUAGGAAAACAUACAGUUUCAUUAUUUUAUAAAAACACAAACGACAUUUUCUACAAGAAAAAAUGAUUCUACAAGAUCAAAAAAUUACAAGAUACCUUUUUUAUUGCCUUUUUAAUUAACUUUCUUACAGUAUCAUCAUCAAAACUUUUGACCCACUUUUGAGAUUUUAAGGAAUUUUAAUUUUUGUAAGUUUUUUGCUGUAAAUUAGUUAUAAAUACACGUAGAGACUUGAAACUUGGUAAAAUUUACAAAAUCAUCAGGACAAAUUUUUUUUUUUUAAUAAACGUUUUUAAAUCAAAUUUAAACGAAAAUUGCAAAAAAAAUUUAUUACCGAAUUACGCUCAGAAUGGUCUUUCGUCCAGUAAUGGUUUAUCAUUACUAACAGGUAUAAAUGAAAUAACCUUAUGUAUCCUACCUUCCCUCCUAACUUCUCACCUACAACAGUAACCGUUCUCAUCCCCAGUAUCAGUUUUUUUUUUUUAAAUAAUAAAAUAUAAUUACAGAUACAAUUUCAAAAGAAUUAUACAGUAGUAAUCUAGGAUAUUUUGUUUAUGUGUUGAAACCUUAAUAAAUUUAAAAAACAAAUUAAUUAAAUUCUGUAUAAUAAAAAAUUAGCAUGGUGUAAUAGGUAUAGAAGGUUGAGGUCAUAGAAUAUAAAAAUAUUGCUAGAUUGUAUUACGACCAACAACUGUAACUAACUACUAAUAACUAUAUGAAAAAAUGCACACAGCAAGGAUGUUAGGUGUUUUAAACUUUUGUUAAAAAUGUAAAACCAAAUUCUCAUAUAUUUUAAAAACCUAAAUUUUAUUUUACAGAAAAUAUUGUUUUUUGGAACCAAUUUACUGACCCAAGCUCAUUUUACAAUUUUUUUUUUUUUCAAAAUGUGUGUUUUUGUCUGUACAUUAAGAAUCUAAAAAAAAAGGUCAUACAAAUUUUAUUUGGAAGUUAUGGGGGAAAAUUUUUUAAUGUUCGGAUUUUCCGUUUCACGUAUUUCUUUGUUAGAAUUUGACGUUUUCAAAUUUUUUUUUUCCAAUGCUUAAUUCAUUGAUAUAAUCAAAACUUACCUUUCAUAUUUACUUUUCGAAAAUAACCCUCAAUUUGUUGUGCAAAACCAUUUUGGGUAAGUAACAAGGUAAACUGAAGAAGCAUUAUGUAGGUUUAUGUCAAAUAACUAUAAAAGUAAGUAUGAUUGGUAAGUUUUAAUUAUAUCAAUGGUUUAACCAUUAAAAAACACGCAUUUUGGAAAAAAAAUAAUGUUUUGUAAUAUAUGAAAAGGAAAACUUGAACUUCAUAAAUUUUUUCCCCCAUAAUUUCCAAACAAAGUUUGCCAGACUUUUAGUUUCCUAAUGUAUAGUAAAAAAAAAAUUUUAAAAAUGAGGUUGGGUUGUAAACUAGAUUUAUACCAGUUGUUAACUAGAUUUAAAAUUUGUAUUUUUGUGCCAUAAUUAACAAGUUUAAUUAGUUUUCUGUAUGAUAAUAUUAUUAUAAAAUAUGUAAUGUAUACAUUUAAAUUGGUUUUAUUUGAUAUUAUUAAAGGGUAAAGAUGUAAAGUUUGUGUAAAUAAUAUUUUAAUUCUAUUUCUCCAAAUAGGAAAUUAAUAAUUAGUAAUCAUUCUACAAUAGUAACAUUUGUUUAUUUUUAUUUUUUAGAUCGAUUGAGUAAAAAUUUAGAAGAUUUGUAUAUUUUAAAGGACCGAAAAUCUAAAGAAUUCCUGUUAAGUCCGGUAAUAAGUGUUUAAUAAGCUAUAUAUUUAUUAUAUUAUAAUAUAUAUUUAUACAGACUCAUGAAGAAGUCGUUACAAAUUUAUUUAGUUCAGAUCCUACUACAUACAGACAACUGCCUUUAAUGUUAUAUCAAAUUGGUACAAAAUUUAGAGAUGAAAUAAGGCCCAAGUUAGGAAUCAUCAGAUCCAAAGAGUUCCUUAUGAAGGAUUUAUAUUCAUUCGAUAGAGAUCAGGAAAGUGCUAUUAUUUCAUACAACAAAGUUUGUCAAGCCUACGAAAAGAUAUUUGAUCAUAUUGGAGUCAAAUAUAUUAAAGGUAGACAUUGUUAUAAAAAAAACCUGGGUAAAUUAUAAAUGUGGGAAUUUGGUUUCAGUUGAUGGGUCAUCAGGAAUGAUGGGUGGCAGUCAAUCACACGAAUUUCAUUAUCCAGCUGAAGUUGGAGACGAUACAUUAUUUCAGUGUAAAAACUGUGGAUUUGGAAUCAAUAAGGAAAUCUCACCAGAGUUGGUAAAAUGUCCCAAAUGCUCUAGUGUUGAUAUUAAGUGUACAAAGGCUAUCGAGGUUGGUCAUACAUUCCUUCUCGGUACAUUUUAUUCGGAAGCUAUGUGUGCCAAAUAUUCAGAUUUAGAUGGCACAUUAAAACCUCCAUACAUGGGCAGUUAUGGCUUGGGUGUUUCUAGAAUAAUUGGGGCAUCUGUGGAAUGUUUAAGUACACAAAACAUUAUCCAGUGGCCGAGGUCAUUGUCUCCAUUUACCGUUUGUAUUAUACCAGCUAAAGAAGGAAGUAUUGAGGAAAAUGUUUCACAAAAUAAUUUAUCUGGCCUUUACAAUAAUUUGAUUGAAAUAUUUGGAGAUGAUAUUAUUGUUGAUGAUCGAACCCAUAUGACAAUUGGGAAAAGAUUUAUUGAAGCAAAAAAAUUAGGAUUUCCUUUUGUUGUUGUGAUGGGAAAGAAAAUUAAUGAGAACCCAUCAUUGUAUGAGUUGUAUGAUUCUAGUUCUAAGAAAUCUGACUAUUACGAACUAAACAAUUUAAUUAAUUUUUUAAAAAAACAAUGUUUAGAACAAAUCUGAAUAUAACUUUGUAUUUAAAAGA